AUUAAAGAACUGUACUUCCGUGUUGGGCAUCUGGGUAUGAGCUACUAGUUUGGUACUUCAUAAUCAUAAAUACAUUCUGCAGGACAGGAGUAUAACUAGCCACAUACUACAUUAUUCAAAGAGGAUGUCCAUUUGCAAUAUGCCAGAUGCAAGACCUUCUAGCUAGAAUGAGUGUCAUUACAUACGUAUUACGGAAACUAUAAAAUCUCUCACAAUGUUGGAUGUUAGCAAGUGGCCACUAUUUAGCCUUUUAUCGUCAGAAUUUAUCUCACAAGUGCGGAUGAUUUGCGUGUUUGGAAGUUCUGGGAACGAGAGUCUGCUAAUUACAAAGGAAAAUCAUGUUUAUGCACUAGGAUCAAACUGUAGCGGUUGCCUAGGAACAGGUGAUGUACAGAGUAGCCUAGAGCCAAGGAAAGUGUCAACAUUGUGUCAGAAGAAUAUAUUGUCCAUAGACUAUGGCAGUAGAGCACAUGUACUUGCUGAUAUAACUAAAUGUUGCUAUGGUUACAGGUGA